AUGCCACAAGCUAACAGAUUCAGGUCUUCUGACACUCCCGCUGUCGACGUUGUCCCCGCUGUCGCUGCCACCGAGGGCACCCCCAACCCCGAAGACACCAAGGCCCAGGUGGCAAAGCUCGUCGCCGAGGGCAAGAAGGCCAUUGCACUCAAGCAGUGGGAGGAAGGUGUGGCCAAGUAUGGCGAGGCUCUCGACCUCCAGCGCGAGAUCGUGGACGAGUUUGACAUCACCAUGGCGCCUCUCCUCCUUUCGUACGGACGCGCGCUGUACGAGCUCGCCCUCUCGCAGCAGGGCGUGAUGGGCAAGGAGGAGGUCGCAAAGGGUACCGACCCCGCCACCCAGCUCGAGACCGAGGCUGCCGAGUCGUCAAAGGGCAAGUUUGUCUUCGAGGGUGACGGCGACGAUGACGACGAGGAUGACGAGGACGAGGAAGGCGAGGGUGAGGGUGAGCAGGGCGCCGCCGACGGCGAGGAUGAGCCCGAAGACGACUUCAAUGCCGCCUGGGAGAUUCUCGAUGUUGCGCGUACCAUCUACGCCCGCGAGGUCGAGACCCUUCCCGCGACCGAGGGCCGCGAGCAGCGCCUCCUCCUCUCCGAGUGCCACCUCUCGCUCGGCGACGUCAGCUGCGAGACCGAAAACUUCCCCCAGGCCGUGCAGGACUACACCGCCGCCCUCGACAUCAAGAAGGCCCUCCUCCCGGCCUCGUCCCGCGCCCUUGCCAGCGCGCACUACCAGCUCGGCACCGUCCUCGAGUUCACCCCCGCCGGCCGCAAGGCUGCCCUCGAGCACGUCCAGGCCGCGUUGGACGGAUUCAAGCUGCGCGCAGCCGACAUCACCGCCGCGGACGCCGGCAAGGCCGACGAGGUCAAGAGCGAGGACGUCGCCCGCAUGACGUCCAAGGAGCGCGAGGCCGAGUCCCGUGACGUUGCCGCCCUCAUCGGCGACCUCGAGGUCAAGAUUGAAGAACUCAACAGCGCGCCCGAGCCCGCCGAUUUCGUCGCUGAGAGCAUCAACCACCUCCUCGGCGGCGCACCUGCUGCCGGCUCGUCGGCCGCCGCCGUCGACUCGCGUCCCGUCAACGACCUGACCAGCAUGGUCCGUAAAAAGGCUCCCAAGAAGCCCACCGCCGCUGCUCCUCCCGCGGCCGCAAAUGGCGCUGAGAAGCGCAAGGCCGACGACGAGGCCGGCGCCGCCGACAAGAAAGCCAAGGCUGACUGA